AUGCGCCUUAGGACGAUUGCAAGAUCGCAGAGGACUCGAACUCUAGAUCCUACGGAGACCACCUGGGACUACAACAAGGACGUGUUUUAUGAUGAACUCAAUACGCUGAUGUCCAAGAUACCAAGCCAGCAGGCCGUACUUGUCGGAAAUGAUGCGAAUGCAAAGAUGGGACUAGAACAACAUUCCGAUGUGCUUGGAGAAUUAUCCUAA